UUACGCUUAGCCAGUGACCAAAGACAGUGGCGACUUCGACAUGUCGAGAUAUGCUGCUGCUGCUGGCGGGAUGCUUCGCCUUGGCCGGAUGGAGAAUCACAGCCUCCGUGCUGGCCAUUUGGGGCCUUCACCGCCUCCUGCACUGGUGGCGUGGGAUCUCCAUUUUCAUCGAUGGAAUGCAAGUCUACGGAAAAGCUAAGCCAAAGAGCUUCAAGGACUCCGCUUCUCAUUCCUCACCGCGACGGAAAGGCCGGGCUUCUGAACGCACAGAGGGCUUCAUGACGCCGAAGUCAGAAGCCUCGGAGGACUUCGUGGAAUGGGCACCAUUUUGGCCUUCGUUGCCGUGCGGUCCAUGUGCCGAAGGAAGCACGUCACCAUUCGCUGAACUUCCAAGUGAAGCUGAGGUUCAGCCCUAUUGGCUACAGUGCGACGCCUUCGUAUUUGAUGUGCGAAACAUUGGCUACAAGCACAGCAGGGAGAAAAUUGCAUCACAGUUCGCCCUGUACGAGUGCGUUGGAAUGGACAUUGUGCGUGAUCAUCGAAGGAUUGACUGCAUCAUGGAUCGCUGGGAUUCAGGAGACUUGCCUGCGAAUUGGCCUGGCGCAAGGUGGGAGCAAUCCUGGAAAGUGCCGCGUGUUUUAGUUUUCAACUGCCAGGUGCCAUACACUGCAGGGAAGAUCUUUGGAUCAUACCCUGAUGAGGAUGGUGGCUUUAGCAUUCUCAACUACUUCGUGCUGUCACGAGAGGCCUCUGCCCUGUUGGCCUCCAAUGCUGCGACGCCGGCACUUCAGCUUUGGAAGAGAUUCGUUGAAGAAGGGGUCUCCACUAAGGAAGGCAUUUCGCUCAAGGUGGUUGGUCGUGUCGAGGACCUCGACAAGCAUGAAGUCCCCGAGUCAUUCAAGCGUUUCAACAACAAACCAGUUUUGCUGACGAGAAGCGCAACUGUGUACAAGAAGCGGCUGCCUGAGAUGUUGGAGAUCGACUUCGAUGUACGCAACUGGAACUACCCCACCCGGGCCGCCAUGGUCUCCUACCACCAUCGUGCCAGAGAGGCUGAAGUGGAGAUCGGAUAUUUGCUUGAGGGCAAGGCUGAUGAUGAGCUCCCAGAACAGAUAUUGGGCUGCUUUACAGUGAACAACAUGGACAUCAUGGCAGCAAGAUGGUUGACCUGAGCUGAAGCAAUGCCAGAGCAGCUCAAGAUGCAACGAGUGACUUCUGGACGAGCCUGACGGGGUCAACGGCUUUGAGCAGUGGCAACGGCGUGAAAUGGAAUGGGGCAGCUGCAACAGGUGAAGCAUUGCCAUCACGUCCUUCUUGGAAUGCAGCUCCCAAAGGUUGUGAGCUUGUGAUCAGGUGUCGCACCCGUCCCCCCCGUGCAGGAAAAUUGCUGCGCAAUGGCCGAG